GUCAGUCAGGAGGCCACACGGUGCACAAUGGGUUCCUCUCGGGCACCCAGGAUGGGGCGUGUGGGAGGGCACGGGCUGAUGGCAUUGCUGAUGGCCGGUUUCAUCCUGCCAGGAACCUUGGCUAAGAGCAUUGGGCCCUUCUCGGACCCCUGUAAGGACCCCACGAGGAUCACCUCUCCGAAUGACCCUUGUCUCAUUGGAAAGACUGGCUCCAACAGCAUCAGCAGCCACGGAGGCACAAGCAGCAUCAGCAGCCAGGGUGGAUCCAGCAGCAUCAGCAGCCACGGAGGCACAAGCAGCAUCAGCAGCCAGGGUGGAUCCAGCAGCUCCCAGGGAAGUUCUUCAGGAUCCUUGAUAUUUAAACCAGGGACAGGGUAUUCCCAGAGUAGCUAUUCUUUUGGUUCUGGCGGCUCCCAGACAGGAAGCAGCGGCUCUCAGACAGGAAGCAGUGGUUCUCAGACAGGAAGCAGCGGCUAUCAGUCAGGAAACAGCGGCUAUCAGUCAGGAAGCAGCGGCUCUCAGUCAGGAAGAUGGGUAAGCAGCAGUUCUCAAUGGGUAAGCAGUAGUUCUCAGUCCGGAAGUUCAGGAAGCAGCCGAGAGGGACCAGGAAAUGGCUCUGCUCUCCCGACGGAUGACAAUUCUUCCCGCCUGACAUCAGGCACUGUCCAGUCUGGAGGCUCGUAUACUUCUAAGAGCAGCAGCUCCAACCAGCGGCCUUGUAGCUCCAACGUGCCCGACUCUCCCUGCAGCGGGGGGCCUGUCAUCACACACUCAGGGCCCUACAUCUCCGGUUCCCACACCGUUUCGGGUGGCCAGAGACCUGUAGUGGUGGUGGUGGAGCAACAUGGCUCUGGUGGCCCUGGAGGGUUUCAAGGCAUGCCCUGUAGCAAUGGCGGCCCCUCAGGCAAGCCCUGCCCUCCCAUCACCUCUGUCCAGAAACCCUAUGGCGGCUAUGAGGUGGUAGGUGGCUCUGCCGACAGUUAUCUGGUCCCCGGCAUGACCUACAGUGGGGGUAAAAUUUACCCCGUGGGCUACUUCACUAAGGACAACCCUAUCAGAGGCUCGCCAGGGUCCCCCUCCUUUGCCGCUGGGCCCCCAAUCUCUGAGGGCAAGUACUUCUCUAGCAAUCCCAUCAUUCCCAGCCGCAGCUCCAAUGCCUACCCAUCGGGCAUAGUGUUCCAGCCCGUGGGCUCUGGCGGGGUCCAGCCCUGUGGCACUGGCUCGAUCGGCUCUAAGGGGCCUUGCUCUGGUACGAGAAUUCAGAUCACCUCCAGCGGCUCCAGUACCUCCUACCACCCCUGCAGUGGUGGUGCCUCCCAGGGGCCCUGCUCCUCACCGGGCACCAACUCUAUUAGCGGGGGAAGCUCUUCCGUCUCCACUGGCAAAAUCGUCCUUCAGCCCUGCGGCAGCAAAUCUAGCUCUUCCGGCUACCCCUGCCUUUCUGUUCCCUCCUCCACAUUGAAUGGGGGUCUGAAUGGCUCUCCUCAGCCUGUCCCCUCAGUGGUUCUCAAGCCCUGUGGCCCCAACAGCCCUGGAAGAGUGCCGUGCCGUUCCAUCCGCGACAUUCUGACCCAAGUGAAGCCUUUGGGGCCCCAGUUAAUGGAUCCCCAAGUCUUUCUGCCACAGGGCGAGCCACUUGACAAGUCUUAAGCCGUGCGUGCGAGCUAUUUUCCAAUUGCCAGCCACCUCCCGACUGGAAGACGUUCAGGGGCCCAGUUUCCCACCCUCCUCCCGGGAAAGCUGCCUCACGUGCUGCAGUUAGCCCGAUGAUGCUCUUGACUGUUUUCGGCACUCGAAAUGGUGGACUCCAUCCUUCUCCUCCUCCUCCUCCUUUCCUGGUGCUUCCACACCACGCCACUGGGGUGCCCUCUCUGCCCGAUUACCUGCCUGGAAACGCACUUUUUCAAGUCCUUGACUGGGAAGUCCUCGAAGCACACCUCAACCUUGGGUGCCGGGAUAAGUCAAAGCGUGCCUCUGCCGGUUUGCCGAUUAAGGCAAAAUCCAAUCAGUCACCUGAGAACCAAAGUGCAUUUCUCAGCGACGCCUCCUCCAGCCCUCAUCUAAAUCGUUGGGUUCCCACCAUGCAUCAUGAGUCUCACCGCGCCCUACCAGACCCAUUUCCAAAACACACCCGUGCCUCCCCCUACCCAGCUCUCCAUGCCACUUUCUGCCUGGUUGCCACUUCACCCGAACGAAGCACAGGUGUUGCUGUAUGUGUGCGUGUGUGUACCCCCGGGGCAUCCACAGACUCUGGCACAGAUUCCCCGGCUCUCUCUGGACUUGGACAGGGCUCAAUAAACGUUGUGAACUUUGUGCA